GGAUGGAGACAAGGGCAGGAGAUGCGGGGGCCGGCCCAGGGGCCCGUGCAGGGCUCUCCCGGGCACUGCCGGCGCUCCCAGCCCAGUGAGGGGCCGGCCCGGCCCGGGGGAGGAGCGGGGCGGGCUCAGGUGUGCCCGGCCCUGCCCGCGGCCCGGGAUGCGCUGAGCGGCCGGAGAAGGAAGGCAAUGGAGCCUCCGGAGACCAACAGCAGCUGCAGCAAUGGGUCUCUGAUCACCAUUUCCUGCCUUUCCCACCGGGUCGUGUGCCAAGUGAUUGGCAGUGCUGUCCCAGCUGUCCCUGUCCAGGACAAUGGGACUUCAGAUAGCUCCUGGAUAACUCGGCUGGAAAACAAUUAUGGGUUCUACAUCGGCCUGGGCUUGGCUGUCUUCUCCAGCUUCCUCAUCGGGAGCAGCGUCAUCCUCAAGAAGAAGGGGCUGCUACGGCUGGUGGAGAAGGGAGGCACCAGGGCAGGAGAUGGAGGCCAUGGCUACCUGAAGGACUGGCUCUGGUGGGCUGGCCUGUUAACCAUGGGUGGAGGGGAAGCUGCCAACUUUGCUGCCUAUGCCUUUGCUCCUGCAACAAUUGUCACGCCUCUGGGGGCUCUCAGCGUGCUCAUAAGUGCCAUUCUGUCCUCGUAUCUGCUUGGAGAGCGGCUCAACCUGCUGGGCAAGCUGGGCUGCCUGCUGAGCCUGGUGGGCAGCACUGUGAUGGUCAUCCACGCCCCGGAGGACGAGGAGGUCACCACUCUGGAGGAGAUGACCGCCAAGCUGAGGGAGCCGGGUUUCCUGGCUUAUGGAGCCAUCCUGCUGGCUCUCUGCUUCCUCCUGAUCUUCUACCUGGCCCCCCGUUACGGCCAGAGCAACAUCCUCAUCUACCUCACCAUCUGCUCCGUUAUCGGCGCCUUCUCCGUGUCCUCGGUCAAGGGCUUGGGGAUUGCCAUCAAGGGCUUCUUUGCUGGCCAGCCUGUGCUGCAGCACCCACUGACCUGGAUCCCGGUCAUCACGCUGGUGGCAUCCAUCACCACGCAGAUCAACUACCUCAACAAGUCCCUAGACAUUUUCAACACCUCCUUGGUGUUCCCCAUAUACUAUGUGCUGUUCACCACCAUCGUCAUCACCACCUCCAUCAUCCUCUUUAAGGAGUGGGUCACCAUGACCGUGGUUGACAUCAUUGGGACUGUCUGUGGCUUCCUCACCAUCAUUUUGGGGGUGUUUUUGCUCCAUGCUUUCAAAGACAUGGAUGUCAGUUUAGGGAAUUUACCCCAAGUCCUUCAGAAUGAACAGCCAGCGCCGGUCACCAGAGAUGACAAGAACAUCCUGAUAGAGGUGGACAACUCCAGCAUCGGCCCAGAGGAUAAACCCAAAACACUCGCAUGAGCUCUAAAAUACACACCAGCGUCUCAAGAGGAGGUGAGAGACAAGGACUCUGCUCAUCCAUGUUUAAUCACUUGCUCUUCAAAUAAGGGGACAAGAAUAUUGGUGAAUAUGGGCAAAACAAGGUGAAU